GCAUCAGACAGAGUCAGAGUUCCAAAGCAACAGCAUUCUUACUCUCGCUACACUUUACCUUCCAAGUUUUUCUUGAUUGCAAAAGAUAGACCACUAUCACAUCAACAUGCAUUUCCUCUCCGAGUCCACCGUUCUGUUCACCCUUGCUUCCUCCAUCUUCGCCGCACCGCUCGCUGUCCGCACGCAGAACGAGGUCCAAAUCACCUUCCUCGGCGCCGCAGAUGCGCAGUUCACCGAGAGCUUCCCCACCGAUGGCUCCACCGUCGCUAUCUCCAACCCGCUCAGCAUCUCGCACAUCGCCUCCAGCACCGCAGGCGUCACCUGCACCUUCAUCGGCAUCGACCACUCCAGCACGACCGUCAGUGGCGUAGCAACCGUGGACGUGGGCCCCCCUCAGACCCAGACCCAGGGCUCGUGCACCGCCGACGGGGGCUCCGGCUCCACCCCUACCCCGGACCCAUCCACCCCGGCCCCGGCCCCCGUUGAGCCCUCAACCCCCAGCACCCCCUCCGGAGGCCAGGGCUCAGCAGUCACAAUCACCUUCCAAGGCGCCGCGGAUGCGCAAUUUUCGCAGUCGUUCCCGCUCGACGGCACCUCGACGGCCAUCACCAACCCGCUUAGCAUCUCGCACAUCGUCUCCAGCACGGGCAAUGUGCGCUGCACGUUCAACGGCAUCGACCACAGCGUCACCACCGUCAGUGGCGUGCAGACCGUGGAUGUCGGACCGCCCCAGACUCAGGUGAAUGGGGCUUGCACUGCUGCUUAGGUUGGCUGGUGCAUCCGCUUAGCUUAGGGUCCUAUAUGACGUAUGGGCCGGGUAGAGUAUCCGUCGUUUAUAGCUUAGGCAGAUAGGGCUUUCAGGACUGCUGUCGGAUCCCUUGUUCAUUCUUUGCCUCUCUUUCCUUCUCCUUCUUUCUCUUCAUUUUUUAUGUUGUUUUGUUUUGUUGAAAGUGGACAGGUUCUAACACUAGCACUGUCUUUCUCUUGCAGCUUUGGUGUCUAAUAUUCUUCAUUCAACAGGGCUAACUAAUAAGCAUAUAUUGUAUUUAUCUAAGGCAGACAAAUAAAUGAGCGGUUUCAUUCCGACG